AUGAGCCUCCUGUCCGCCAUCGAGACCACCGCCGCCUCGGUGUACCAGCCGGCCCAGCUGCUCAACUGGGUCUACCUCUCCUUGCAAGACACGCACCAGGCCAGCGCCUUCGACGCCUUUCGCCCGGAGUCCGCCGCCUCCACGCAGCCCCCGGAGCUCGGCUACCCCGGCAAGAGCGGCGCCGAGCUGGGCUCCUCCUCGCUCAACUCCAGCUACCUAAACAGCUUCCUCCAGCUGCAGCGGAGCGAGGCUUUGAACAGCAGUCUGUAUAAGAGUGCUUCUCCUUACGGCUCUCUCAAUAACAUCGUGGAUGGCUUGAAUUCCCUUACGGAACAUUUCUCCGACAUUUCCCUAUCGUCGGACGCCAGAAAGCCAAGCAAGAGACCUCCGCCAAACUAUCUGUGUCACCUUUGCUUUAACAAGGGACACUACAUCAAAGACUGCCCACAGGCUCGUCCAAAAGGAGAAGGCUUGACUCCAUACCAAGGGAAGAAACGCUGCUUUGGAGAAUAUAAGUGCCCCAAAUGCAAGAGAAAAUGGAUGAGUGGGAACUCGUGGGCCAACAUGGGACAAGAAUGUAUCAAGUGCCAUAUUAACGUUUAUCCUCACAAGCAGAGACCCUUGGAAAAACCCGAUGGACUGGAUGUCUCGGAUCAAAGCAAAGAACACCCUCAGCAUCUCUGCGAGAAAUGCAAAGUCCUGGGCUACUACUGCCGCCGUGUGCAAUAAAGAAACCCACGGAGACUCCACAGAUCUGGUGGCGGCAGCCAAAAGGGAAGGAGGAGGGACCGUCAUCUAAGAACCUUCAUCCGUCACCGAUAUUGCCUAACCUAAUCAUAUGCCUUCCUUUUAACUGAAUGUAACACUUCCCCUGUGUAUGUAUGGACAUGCAACUUGUAUCUGUAGGUCUAUGUGGUGUGAGGCGUAUUCCUUCCUUGAGGGUCUCACAAAACAAGCCAUGUUUUCAUAUGGGUGGAGACCAACUGGCCGCUGGCUCUUGCUGGACUAUACCCGCCAUAAGUCACAAUGGAUUUGUACCACUACGGUGGUUUCCACUGAUUGUUUACACAAUUUCAGUAUUCUACCCUAAGUGAACUAAGUGUUGUUUGUCCAGAGAGAUCUUGUCAGGUCGGGAACAUAUGUUUGGAUGAAUUAAGAGGUGGGGUGGGAUAGGAUCAGGCAGGCAUGACUCAAAAUGCAUUUUAUGGGGGGAGUCUGUAAGUCUAAAUCAGAGGUCUCCAAACAGUGGACUUCAACUCUCAGAAUUCUCCAGCCAGCAUAGCUCCCAGAAUUCUGGGAGUUGAAGUCCACAAGUCUUAAAGUUGCCAAGUUUGGGGAGCCCUGGUCUAAAUGCUAUUGAUAAAUGCUUAUUUUAGCUCAUGCUGCCAACUAGAAUUCUUUAAGACCUAAGUUUUUAAGAGGAAUGAAGGAUGUGAUGCAAAUAUUCAUGUUUGUUUCUUGGUUGGGGAGAUGGUUUGGAAGUUCUACCAGCUUCCUUGCUUUCCAAGAGUGAAAUCUCUAAAAAAAAAAAAAGCUAUAAGGCCUGAGCUAGGAAAGAAUUAAGGAUGUGAUGCAAAUAUUCAUUUUUUCUUGACUGUGGGCGCGGUUUGGAAGUUUUACUAGCUUGCUUGCUUUCCAAGAGUCUUGCAGGGCCACCAAAGAGAGGCUUUGGGGGGAGCUUUAGGGUAUUUUUUAUAAUCUGCGGGCUGAAAAGAACAAGUGAAUAAUUGUCUGAUGAGUGGUUUUUAUAGGAACGUGACAAUGGUAGAACACAUAGGGUGGAGCACAAAUUUGUCUUUCUUAUGUAGCAACUUUAUGCAUGUUUAUGUCAAUGCACAAAGGGAGGCUCAGCCAAUCUCAUUGUACACAGGUUGUACUCUGACAAUAAAUGUAAUAAUAAUAAUGGAGGUCCCACUAAAAUCCAGAGACCUAUUUCAGAACUAACUUGCAUAAAUGCACUUAUUUUUAAAGGCUGUUUUUGUUUGCCCUAACUUCCCAUGGUGUCUGUUACCCUCACCAUUUUUUCUUUAGCUACCAAUGGUGGCUAAAUUUCCUAUCCUCAGGCUGCAUAACCAACAUAUGUAGCCAACAAGAGGAACAUCAUUUUAUCUUCAACAGACAAAGACUGUCCGGAUUCAGCUCCCCCUUCUCCACUUGGGUCUGCUUCUCUACCACCAUUGAUCCCAAACACAUAAUUUCAGGUGGAGUUUGGCCUGUUCCUCCAUCAACAAUUAAUGGUGGAACCAGCCAGAGAUUCAUCUUGCUUUCAUGCUACACUUUUCCACAUGAAUGUUCUUUCAAUGGGUUGGACUGCACCCCCCAUGUAAUCCUUGGCCAACUAAGGCAAAGGAAAAGAAAGUUUGAUACAUUUAGAAAAGAAAUACUGAGAAAUCCUUCUCUCUCUCUCUCUCUCUCUCUCCCUCCCUCCCUCCCUCCCUCCCUCUCUCUCUCUCUUCAGCUACAGAUUGCAAUUUAUUUCAGUCUUGCAUGGUGCCAUUACUUUUAGAACAACAUCUAAAAGAAAUAUGUCUAGGAUCAAGAUUUAGUCUUGAGUUCAGAACACCCAGAAAUUUGUUGUAGGAGUCUGUUUACAAACUUCUGUUGGUCCAGAUUAACUAAAUGGGUAAUCUUCAUAGGAUUACACUGAACCCAGUAGAGGUGGCCAAUUGAUACCUUCAGCUGAUGGUCUAUUAUGAUGAUUAAGACCUUUUCUUGAUGGCUUCUCCAUGGGAAUCUAUAAUUUCAAUUAGCUUUGAGUUUAGAACACCAGAAAAAGAGGAUAGAGUUCACUUACUGACACAUAAUGCUGUAUGAUAGAACAACAUUUCAUUUGCAUAAUAAGAUGCACUAUAACAGGACAGAAGGAGAAGUGUCCACUUUGAUCUUUCUCAAUAUUGGCUGGCAGUUGACCUCUGAAAAGGGUUUCCAGGGACCUGUGGAAGUUAAACUAAGAGUAAUUUUUAAUAACGUAGUUAUUAAAUGCACAACUGGAAAAAUUAUUCUUUUAACCAUUUUUUAAUUCUUAGUAAAGGUAAACCAAAUCAGAUCUAGUUCUUGGUUUACUUACAGAAUAGAAUAACAGAGCUGGAAGUGACUUUGGAGGUCAUCUAGUCCAACUCCUUAUCCAUGUUUUACUGUUUCUAAAAAGCCAGAACUCGGCUGCCAUUCAUUGUCUAACUUUGGUUCCAUGUCUGUCUUAGAAGGAAGCAUCUUAAUCCUGGUACUUCCUACUGCCAAGUUUCUGCCCUUGAUAUCAAUCCAAGCAGAUUUGCUAAUCAAAAUUAUCUGGCAGGAUUAGUAGAAAUAAAUUUCCCUGUGAAUGAGGGGGAGGGAUUAGUUUCAAGAUCACUGACUGAAAAAUAUAUCCAUCUUCUGUAUUAAUUUUGCAAUCCAUUCAGAAUGUAUUCCAUGAGUCCAAAAUGAAUUUCAAUAACUGGAAUCAGGCUACGGCAUAACGAAAUUGACGAAAGUCAAGGGGGUUUGAAUACGUACUGAAUGCACUGCAGAAAGUAGUUGUUCUGUCUAAAUGUACUCAUUUUCAGUGAAGUAAUAGCUGCUAUGUCUAGAUAAAGUAAGGGUUUUUUAUGAUUGUUCAAAGAUAUUAUCCUUAUGUACAUCUUCUCUAUACUUCAAACAGACUCCAGCAAUUCGAUUAAGCAAGAGAAUUUUGAAGCUUUAUAACAAAACCAAUCUAUUACUGGAACUGCCCUGAAUAAUAGUUGAGCUUUUUUAAAAAUGUUACCUUCAUUUAAAAUGCUAUUAAAACAGCGGUUGAAGCAUUCUAGGUAUCCCCCAUUUCUAUAGAAACCUAGUGUUCAGGCACAAAGAAUCUGGACCAUAAUGUUAAAUUGAAACCAAGAAGAUUGCUCAGGCCUAUGGACAAGAAUCUAGUCAACACUAAAUUGGUGCUAGAUAAGUCAAUGGAAGAAGGAUUAGACAUUGUGGGAGCAUAAAGACUUUAGGCUAAUGACUCGCUUAACUCCUCCCUCUGGCCCUGCCGGCUCUUCUACAGUUUGAGGUAGAUUAGGAAUUCAGAUCAGGGCAAUAUUGAACAGGUUAAGUUACGUUAUACAAAAUCAACUCGAGACCACUGCCAGAUCAUCAAGGAGAGUGAUACCAUGUUCUGUACUGCAGAUGGCAAUUAAACAGAGGUUCUUUGCAUCUGGAAAAGUUUCCAGAUACUUGUAGGACCCCUUAGGACCUUAGAGAACUGGACCUGCCUGAUUUUGCCCAACCACAAGAGCUCAGCAAUGUAAGGAUUACAGGGUAAGGGUCUACAAGGCAGGGAGAUAUUUGACCGUUCUUGCUGCUCCUGUCUAGCUAUUCUUGGCCUCUUUCUAUAAAUUCCAAGUCAACCCACACCUUUCUGCCAUAGAACUUAAGGAGCAGUGUCCAAAUGUUGCCAACACCCAGAAUUAUUUUCCAGAUGUACAUGGAACACAUAUGCCUUACAGUUUCUCAUGAACAACUACUUCUUUUUCAAAUCAGUGGGAAAUUCCUGUAUCUUAAUACAAACAGUUGCAUCAUCUUCUAUAGGAAUGGAGUAAACUUCCUAAUUUAGAAAAGUUGCUAAAUCUGUUUAGGCUUCCAUGGAAACCAGGGUAACUAAAGUGCAUCUCUUUAUGGGGAGGGGGGUAUUAUGAACCUGAUGAAUCUGCCUUAAGCCAUAGGUAGAAAGCUAUUUUUUUUAAUAGCUUCAAGGAAAUUUUCUUGACACCGUUAGGUAAUAUUCCAUUAGCAGUUUGGUCAUUGUUUGUAUUGAAUCCAAUGGCUGUAUGGAAGCUACUCCUUUAAAUCCCGUUAUUGUCAGUGGGUUUAUUAUAAAAAAUGAAUAGGUGUAGAUGAAUCCACGAUUAGACCAUUUCUGGAUCAGUUCUUGUUUACAUAGCAACUCCUCUGAAUUAAUAAAGCUGAAAGCUUUCCUCUGCAUUGUUUACAUGAUUAAAGACUCAAUUAAUUGAGUCCAGAAAAAGAAAAUAAAGAUUAAUGGUAUUGUAACAUGUUUUAAGAAAAAGAUAUAAACCAGAGAAUCUGGCUAAUUAGACUCCUGAAGUCACAUUAGCCUUUCUAGCAUUGUGUCAUUAUCCAGAGCAGGAAGAAUUGAGUGAUGACUUUUGAAGACUUGAACUUUAGUGUUAAAGUUCGUUUUUCUUUAUAAGUAGGAGCAAGCAUUGAAUAAUAGGAGAAAUACAAUACAAGUAGCCUUAUAUUAUACCAGCUGCAGGUUUUGUUAUUGUUGUUAUUGUUGUUGUUUGAGCACUUAUAAAAUAUUAACCAAAACCUUUCUAGUUGUUGUCAUACCUGCCUACAUAAAAUUCCCCCAAAGUAUACUAGGAGAACAAAAUGUAAAUAAGGUUAUUGUGUUUUUUUUUCAACUGGUGUUAAAAAUGAAGGCCAGCAGAGCACAAUUCAUUUUAAAUAGCUGGCGGUUGUUCUUAAUUAUCUUAACAGAAU